AUGUAUGAUCGUAUGACAUAUCGUAAUGACGACGAUCCGGCACCACCAUAUUUCACUUAUAAAAAUAUUCCGAGAUACAUCAAAAAUCGAACAAGAUUCACAAUGCACAAGAUCAAAAACAUUUUUUACGCAGAAUCAAAAAUUAAAAAGGCAUCAUUAUACCCAUGGUCAUUAGAGAAACGUUACAAAAUUUCAAAAAAUGUUCUUGGUACAGGAUCAUUUGGUGUUGUUAAAGAAUGCACAGAUAAAUGUACUGGAAUUAAAUAUGCUUUAAAGAUCAUAAACAAAAAAGCCAUUCAAGGAAAAGAGCAGAUGUUAAACACGGAGUUGAAUGUUCUCAAAAAAGUAAAUCAUCCAAACAUUGUGACACUUCACGAUUUAUUUGAAACCAAGAAUGCAGUUUACAUCAUUACGGAUUUAGCAAGUGGAGGAGAAUUAUUUAAUCAGCUUAUUCAAAAAGGUUCAUACACGGAAAAAGAUGCGUCCAAUUUAGUAAAACAAAUACUUGAAGGGGUAGCUUAUCUUCAUGAUCAUGAGAUCGUUCAUCGAGAUUUAAAACCAGAAAAUUUAUUGUUUAGUGAUAAAUCGGAUCAUCCAAAUUUGAUGAUUACGGAUUUUGGACUAUCAAAAAUAUUAAAACAUCAUAAUGAUAUUUUAAUGACAGCAUGCGGGACUCCAGGAUAUGUGGCCCCUGAAGUUUUAAGACAAACUGGACAUGGUAAACCAGUUGAUAUAUGGAGUGUUGGUGUUAUAAUGUAUACAUUAUUAUGUGGAUAUACACCAUUCGGGGGUGAAGAUCAAGCAGCGUUAUUUGAUAGCAUCUUAUCAGGUGUUUAUUAUUUUGAAGAAGAAUAUUGGUCAGAGAUUAGUGAUUAUGCUAAAGACUUGAUUGAUAAGUUGAUGACAUAUGAUGCGAAUAAAAGAAUAACUGUUCAUGAUGCGUUACGACAUCCAUGGUUUCAUAUGGCAGAUAAUAUUGAUUUGUUAAAUAAUGUACGAACAAAUUUCUCUGCAAGGGCUACUUUAAAGAAGGCAAUUAACGUAGUUCAAGGAGUUACUCGUUUAAGAAAAACUAGUAUUCGACAACGUUAG